AUGGCUCUGACACGAAAAGCAACGCACGCGGGCAGCUGGUACACCGACGAUCCAAGGGAGCUCGAUGAGUGCCUCACCGAAUGGCUAUCCGACGUCCAGCCCGACAACCUGCUCUCUCCGCUCUCGGUUUGUUCAGACUCCUCUUGCUCUUCUUCUAGCAGCGAGUCUCUUGCAUUACCCAUUUCAUCGAAUCGAGCGAUCAUCGGUCCACACGCUGGCUACUCUUACUCGGGUCCAGCAGCAGCGUACGCCUACCGAACCAUCGACACCUCUGCAAUCAAAACAGUGUUUAUCCUCGGACCCUCUCAUCAUGUCUAUCUCGACGGAUGUGCCGUCUCUGCUUGUUCCUCCUACGAGACCCCGUUGGGGAACCUUCCGAUCAACCGCUCGGUUACACACGAACUGUUAUCAACGGGGAGAUUUUCCACCAUGUCUAAAACCGAAGACGAAGACGAGCACAGUAUCGAGAUGCAUCUUCCUUAUAUCUACAAGGUAUUUAAAGGUACAGGUAUCCAAAUCGUGCCAAUUCUGGUAGGAGCCAUCAAUACAGCCAGAGAGAACGAAUUUGGCAAACUGCUGGCAAAGUAUCUCAAUGAUCCCGAAAAUUUCUUCGUAGUAUCGAGCGAUUUCUGUCAUUGGGGCUCCAGGUUUCGCUAUACGUACUACAAGCCUUGUGGUUCGAAUAUUGCGAUGAAUUUGACCAGCAGAUCGUCAAGGUCCAUGUUUGAAGGGAAACCGAUCCAUCAGAGCAUUAGAGAGCUGGACGAGGCCGGGAUUCUGGCUAUCACAUAUCCUUGGUCACGAGACCGGCAAAAGACAGCGGAAGACGCGAGACUGGCUUUUGCCAAGUAUCUGAGCGAAACAAAGAAUACGGUUUGUGGUAGACAUCCCAUCGGGGUCCUGCUAGCCGCUCUUGCAGAGCUGGAGAGAAGGGGACAAAAGACUGAAUGCAGAUUCACGAGGUACGAACAGAGUAGUCAAUGUACGACACCUCAGGAGUCAUCCGUUUCAUAUGCGUCUGCGUUUGUUCGCUUCGUGUAG